AUGGACGAGGAUGGCACGGGGCUCCCGGGCAGGGAUCUGUCCGUGGAGGAACUGUAUCGACGGAUUGAUGCAGCCCAGGCCGAACAGAGGCGGCUCCGCGCUCAACUCGGGUUGACCAACAAGGUUCAGCAGGCUCGUGCAACUCUCAAGCUGUCCAGUCAUGCUGGUUGCCGUCUCAUGACGCGGGAAGUGCUGGCCAAGGCACCGGCCGUCGACCACGGCCUGCUCCAUGUCGCAGUGCUGACGGCUGGCGUGGGCAUCACGCUCAACGAAAAUGCUGACCCAACGGUGACCACCAGCGCACCAGAGCGUGGGACAUUUGAUGUUGACGAUGCAGUCCCCAGUUCAGACGCCGACGACGGUUUGUGCUGCUCUGACAGCUUUGGCCACGCAUCGCUGGUCCCCAGCCGGCACGGUCGAAUCAGCCAUGCCUCGUUGCGCCCAGCUCAAUGCAAACACUUUGAGCAUACCUACGAGGGCCCUGAUGAUAUGCCGGGUCAUGUCAAGUCAACGCUCAUCGGCACUGAUGUUCUUCGCCUCAGCUCGAAAGCUUGGCAUUUGCACUUGAUUGAACCCCGUGACAGCGGUGGCUGGGGUGGUGGUCAUCAGCGCCGCAUCAGCUGCACGCGCCUGCCCUCGAGUCAUCGCGUGUCAAUUAAAGUUGACCUUGAUGAACACGGCUUGGCCACCCAGAUCGAGGCCCAGCUCCUGGAUCAGGCUGAUACGCCUGGCGUGGGCCUCUGCAUCGCAUCUGCAGCCGAGCAUGAUGUCCUGCACCACUUUGCGGAACAUUUGAACAUUCAGAGCCAAGCCGUGGCGGGCGCGAUUCUGGGCCACUCCCUAGCAAUUCCCAUGUGUGAGGGCACGCUUUGCCUUGGCGGUGACAAUCAGCAGCUGGUCGUGUCAGCGCCGCCGGGGACGCCAGGUCCAAUCCGUAUUGAUGCGCUCAUGAUGUUGUGA